AUGGCUGACGGGCUUGACAGCGAGGUCACAGUCAACACCAGGGCUUUGAUAGACAAGGUUCUGGCUCGUUACUCAAGCGAGCAUACGACACUACGAGAAUUAAUCCAGAAUGCUGCCGACGCGAAGGCUAAUACUGUCACAAUCAGACUGGAAACCGAUCCCUCACUCAGCAUACCGACACCGCAAGGAGCGGAGGAUCCCGUCCUCCUAAGACACGUCAUUCAAAACCACACCCUGAAGCGCCUGGUAGUCACAAAUAACGGCCAGGCAUUCACACCCGCAGACUGGAAACGGCUCAAGAGUAUCGCAGACGGCAAUCCUGAUGAGACCAAGAUCGGUGCGUUCGGUGUGGGCUUCUACAGUGUGUUUGCCGAUUGUGAUGAGCCUUUCGUAGUCUCUGGAGACAAGACUAUGGCUUUCUACUGGAAAGGUAAUACUCUUUCCACCAAGAUAGCGUCGGUACCAGCGGAUCACGAUACCUCGUUGACCAUCUUUUCGUUGGAUUAUCGACAAGCAAAUCCGGCAUCGCCAUCCUACAGCCCAUCGAAACUUCCCAACCUGCCAACUCUGUGUCAGUUCCUGGCAACCAGUCUGACAUUUGUUGGACUCGAGAGUGUUGAGUUGCAUGUGGAUGAUUACGUGGUGGCGUCUUUCUCGAAGAAAGUAUCUCCACCAGAAGACAUUCGAGUUCCUCAAGGCUUGAAGACAGAGACAGAAGGUGGCCUGAUGCGUGUACAACACGUCACUCGACAGCACUCUCAGAUAGACGCGGAAUGGAUGAACGUCAUCGCGACAGCACAACUACCGCCGAAGCGGGCUGCCGAUCUAGUGCAACAGGAAGUCCGCAAUGCAGGAACUACUCUGCGGAGUUUCUUCUCGAAAUUUUCAACUCCAGCUCCUCAAUCCACUGCGAAGGCUGUGAAGCCACCGCCUACAGAAAAGCUCAGCUCAGACCAGACGAUUGAGGGCGAUUCCAAGAGUACAAUUUUCCUGCAAGUCUACACCGUGGAGGCGUCUACGAAAGUGUCGCAGAAGUUUGCAGCUGAGAUUGAAAGAGCGACGAAGAAGUCGCCACCAAAGUCAACAAAGAUAGCUCUAUUGACCUCGCCUUAUCAAGAUCCCUCAGCUAUGCUCUCAACGGGCUCAGGAAGCACCGCCGAGUUAUCUGCAAAAAUCUUUGCGGAAGUGCUUCCCACGAAGUCUGGUCGCAUCUUUAUUGGCUUUCCAACUGCUCAAACGACCGGUUAUCUUGCUCACAUCUCAGCUCCGUCCCUGAUUCCGACAGUCGAGCGUGAGAACGUCGAUAUGAACGCACGCUACAUCUCGACGUGGAACAUCGAGCUUCUGCGCGUUGCUGGAUUGGCCUGCCGUAUAUCUUACGUAUCUGAGAUGUCUGAAAUCCAAACUCGGGUCAAGGCUGAGCCAGUCGAUGCCCUGAUUCCUAGAGCUGUUUACACUCUGCAACAGUACACGGCAAAUACAUCUCAUCCGUCGACAGCGCUCGGUGAGAAGAUUGACGAAGCCUUCUGGAGCUGUUCCAAGGAGCGCUCGAUUGCAAUCCUGUCCACUAAAGGCGUAAUGGCCAGUAAGAACGUCCGAAUGCCUGCAGAGACACUGAGUUUCUUAAACGAGGUGCCUAUGGUACCCCAGCAGCUAGCGACUGAAGCAGUUACGUUCAUGCUCAGCUUGCACAGGCGAGGCUUUAUCACCGAACUCACGAUGCAGGAUAUCCGACAAGGAUUGGAGUCUCGUGCGCUCAAUGAGGAAGAGUUGAGUGAAUUCAUACGGUGGUGUGGCGCCAAACUCGAGAGCGGCGAGAUCGAUAUUCCUGGGUCGCGCAGUCUAUUCGAGAACACCGUCGCGAACAUCGACGUACAACCGGAAAAGAACUCAGGCAGGAUCCUGGCGCUCGGAGACAUUAGCACCUACGUGAACCCAGCCAGGAUCACGCCGACACUGCCUCUGCCAGCUGAUACGAUACCCUUCGCGUUUACCAAGAACAUGUCGGCCAAGCAGCUGCAAAUGUUCGGUUGGCUUGAGCUGUCCAUGGUGCGUUGGCUUCGAUACCUUACGACUCCACCGCAGCUGGCCGAAUUUGCAUCGUCCGAGACCUUGGCUUUGUCAGUGCUCAGUCUUGCAUCGAAGUGCUGGGAACAACUCGACGGCAGCUCAAAGGAGACUGUCGUCAAGAUCCUGACACCUCAUACCAUCAUGCCCACCAAAGUAGGCCUGCGCCGUCCGCAGGAGUCGUACUUCUCCACAGUCAGGCUUUUUGAUGAUCUGCCGACCGUAAAGCCAUUCGCCGGUUCGAAAGAAAAGUUCCUGCUGGCGCUGGGUGUCCGCAAGACUAUCGACUUACCCAUGGUAUUCGACAGAAUGCGGAAUAAUGAUGCUGCGACUGGUAAUGACAAGGCUUCUUGGAAUCACGUCGAUCUUAUCAAGUACUUUGCAUCAGUUAUCGAUGAGAUACCCAAAAAGGAUCUAGACAGACUCAGGGAGACGCCAUUCCUGCCAGGAGAGGGUAAGCUGGUGAAGCCAGGCCAGAUGUUCAAAGCCUCAGAGCUCUACGCUCCGGAUCAGGCGAUUUUGUCGCUCGGUCUGACGCAGGUCAAGAUUCCCUUCGAGCUCAAACCCGGCCUUCGUGAGGGAGCUCUUCUGUUGCGUCUAGGCUUGAAGCAAUGGCCUGACUCCACCACUAUUGCCAAUACUCUUAAUCGUGCUGGACAGGCGAGCGAUCAGCAGUUGUACCUUCUGACACUGGACUAUUUCUUGCAGAACUACUACAAGAACAACUACGGCGCUGAAGUGGCUAAGUUCGCGGCUCUCACCCUCCCGAUCCUGCCGACAGAGCAGGCGCCUUUUCCAAGCCUGGUCGCGCCAUUUCAAUGCUACAUGAAUGAGAAUGCAGCAUGUCUGGGCUUCGCUAUCUUGAGGUCGGACCUUCGUCCACAUGCCGAGAAACUAGGCGUAAAGCGGGAUCCUCCGAUUAUGCCUUGUGUACAGCAGCUUCUAAAGUCGCCUCCCAAGAGCAAGAUUGACGCAGAGAUGCAAUUUGCAUACUUUGCUAGCCGGGGCGCGGAGCUAGAUCAGACUCGUGGACUCACGAACAGUCUGUCGACUGCGAAUAUCGUACCGAUCUUCCGAAAGUACUACCUCGACCCAACCUGCAGUGGGUUCGAGGACAGCUCGAAGCGACAGACCGGCAAGACAGAAAUGCGUAUCCACCACUAUAACCCACCAGAGCAUGUCUUCGUUGGCCGCGACCAAGAGUAUCGCGGCAUCCUUGACUAUGUCCAUUAUGGUGCAGAAGCCACAGCAUUUCUAUUGAAGAUCGGAGCCAAGCACGAGCCAAGCGUUCGCGACCUUGCAGAGCUUCUGACCUUCAAGCCUGCUCGCUUCCUCAACAGCAUAGGCCAAGAAAAGUACCUCGACUUACUUCGGAAGCUGGCUGAGCAUGCCUCUGCAUUGUGGAAGGACAAAGCACUGGUCGAGAAGCUGGUGGCUUCUCGGAUCCUGCUCGGGUAUAGGGACAUCAAAGAAGACUCAAAGAAAGAGGAAGCACCAGAUGAUGAUAUCGAUGACUUUGACGAGCCAGGUGUGCAUCGCGAGUGGUCUCUGAAUAGCGCUCGGGAGAUUGUCAUUAUUGACGAUGUCAACCACCUCUCCAAAUUCCGUGACUACGUCAUCGCAGCACCACAAGAAGAGAUACUCGAGGAGUUUUACGCACGCUUCGGUACGCCGAAGAUCUCGGACCUUGUCAAGACCAACCAGACCAUCGGUACUGUGGCUCGCGAUCAGAGCCCUGCCAUCAAUCUGCGCAAAGACAUCUUGGAGCGCGCUCGGUUGUUUCUCCACGAAUAUGAGCGAGACGGCUCAACAAAGGCUAUCAGACACGAUUCGAAGUGGCUUGCAUCCAACCUGACAGUACACUGCGUGUCCGACAUCUCGAUCCGUUAUUCGCUUGCAGAGCGCAACGUCGCGACCUCGUCCAAGAAGACUGCGAUUAUCCUCAAGAUGCGCGCAGCAGGUUAUGUCUUGAGCAUCACCCCCAAGUACGACUUAUACGAGGUGUCGAAGGAACUCGUCAGGCUCCUGAUUACGAGACCGAAGCAAAAUGAUACGAUUGCUCUAGAGCGUAUCCUGACCGAACCGCUACGAAGGCUGCAACAGAAAGGCAUCAACGUAGAGCGUAUCCUUCGUCGCAAAGAACACGAAGCUCGUAUUGCGAAGCAACAAGUGAUCGAGCACGAGCAAGAGGAGCGUCAACGCGCAGCGGAGCAAGCCAAGUCCGCUGUCGCAAAGGUCGGCGACACCGAGGACGUCCCCCCACCUUCUACGCCCGAGAAGUCCAACAAGAUGCCUGGCGCAUUUGGCAACAGCCCCGAUACUUCCAUGGAGCCUACCAAUAACAAUCGCCAAUCGAUGGACAAUAGUUUGAUCGGCAACUGGGCGAAGAAGCUGGGGUUCAAGAAUGCAGGAGCAGCACCAGGCCCUGAGACUAAAGGCACCGAUGGGCCUCAAAUCAGUCGCGACAUCCAAGCUACGAAGUCGAAUAUCCAGAAUGCCAUCAAAGAGUGCAGACCAGCUGGUCAACAGAACAUCAACACCAAGCACCACCAGGACCCGACAGAGCUCGACCGCGGUGGCUACUGCAAUGGCGAGCAGUGGGAAAAUCUGCACAAGGCUUUCUCUGUCCCCUUCAAUGGCAGGCACGUCGAAAUUUACUAUGGUCGUGAUGAAGCUAUGCCGCCGGCGGAGCUGCAGCCACAGCUCAACAGCUUCCUACCUCUCAUCUUCGGUUUGACCGGUAUUUUCCAAGUCAACCCUGCGGCCGUGAAUAUUUUUCUUGAUAAGAAGUCCAAUACUGUCGCCUUCAAUCUGAGCGGAAGUCUUUUCUUUAACCUCGCUUGGUUCAUGGCGCUGCAUGCGCCAAACUUUGGAAGUCUCGAGGGUAGGCUGCGGGCAUUGGACAGCUGGUUCUUCACAUACUGUCACGAGCUGGCGCACAACUUAGUUGCAGACCACAAUGCUAGGCACAACUGGUACAACCAGCAAAUUGCCAUCGAGUACAGUCAGCAGUACCGAGCAGCGCUGGAGAGCUUUACAAGAAACCUUCUAAUCUAG